GAAGUUGAUAGAAUAACUGAAAAAUGGAAAAAUACUGUAUAUGUUUGAGACUUUUUGAGUAUUGUUGUUGGAUUUGAGAGUACUUGCAUUAUUAGCCACGUUGCUCUCUUACUUACUUUUCAUGUCUCUCUCUCUCUCUCUCUCUCUCCCACACAGACACGCACAUUUGGGCUUUGCUUUUACAUUGUUGUUUUUUAGCUAGUUGUUCACUAACCCAGAUGUGACUUUACACCAAUUACUCACAAUUUUUGUUUUCUGGGUAUCAAUCUUUUGGCUUCUUUUUCAGCUGUUGUUGUGUGUUGUAAAAAAAAUAGUAAUAAUAAAAAGAGUGGGUUGGAGAGCGCUUGCUUUUUAUUUUAAUUUGCUUUUUGAUGAUUUUGUGCUGCAUUUGGAUGAGUUGGGAAGAUGGGUUUUUUUCUAUGACCCGUUAAUAAAUCUGAAAUUUGCUUGGCAUUGGAGUAAAAGAUGAAGGACUUUCCUGGUACACCUGGGACUUUGACUGGGCUUGUUUUGAGGAUUUCACAGUGCAUUUUUGCUGUUGGAUCAAUUGCUACUAUGGCCACCACCCACAAUUUCUUUAAUUUCACAGCUUUCUGCUACCUCAUUGCUUCAAUGGGUUUGCAAUUCAUCUGGAGCUUUGUGCUUGCUGUAUUAGAUGCAUAUGCUUUUGUGAGAAAGAAGGCCCUGCAUAAUCCUGUUUUGGUUAGCCUCUUUGUGGUUGGAGACUGGGUGACAGCAACACUGUCUCUUGCAGCAGCUUCUGCCUCAGCUGGCAUUACAGUGUUGUAUCUCAAUGACUUGAAAAGCUGCAAUUUAGGAGUAGAAUGCCAGAAGUAUCAGAUGUCAGUUGCCUUGGCCUACCUAAGCUGGGUAACAAUUGCAAUUUCAUCUCUAAUUAUGCUUUGGCUGUUAGCUGCUGGUUAGACAUUUUGUUGUAUAUAUGCCACUGGAUUUUCAAUCUUACAGGAAUUUUGAUC